AGCGUUCCAGACGUGACGACGACAACUUCAAGCGUAGGACCGACGUGCGCACCGCAUACGUGCCGCAUGCUUUGUCCCUACGGCUUCGAGACGGACGCUCAAGGAUGCGCUCUGUGUGAAUGCAAGAAUCCGUGUAGAGACGUCGAGUGCCCCAACGGCACCGAAUGCCAGGUGGACGACAGUGGCUGCACGGCCGGGGAGCCGUGCUCCCCGUCGACGAACUGCAGGAAAGCUCGGGCCUCGCUCGGGGAGUGCGCGUUCGGCGACCCUCUGACGGGAGCGGGUAACCGACCCCUUCUCUGCGGAACGGACUCCGAUAAGCCCAGCUGUCCUUCGGGAUACGAAUGUUUCGUUCAACAGAAGGCCGAAUACGGUCUCUGUUGCCCGCAAGAGCAACAGAACCGAGCGGCGGAAUGCCCUCAGAGCGUUCCCGCUGAUUUCCGCUGUGAUAAGAAGUGUGAGUUUGACGCCGACUGCGAGGUCGGCAUGAAGUGCUGUGAUACGUCGUGCGGCAAGGCUUGCCUUUCUUCACGCAACUCGACCAUCUGCGAACAACAGAGACGGCUCGCGCGUCUCUUCUCCGAAGGGGUUGACGCGCCCGGCUACUUCCCCCAAUGCGACGAAGACGGUCAAUUCCUGGCCAAGCAGUGCUCGACAAACGGGAAAGUGUGUUGGUGUGUCAACAGCGCGGGUCAGCAGAUGAGUGGCUCGAUGGGACCGGCUGCCGCAGUGGUUUGCGCUACCAAAGAUCGAUCGUCCUUCGCGCGGUCCUCGAAGCUCAAAGAAGACAGCCACGACUGUUCUCUGGUCAUGUGUGACGUUCUGUGCGAAUAUGGAUACAAGAAAGACGACAAGGGUUGCACUCAGUGCGAAUGCGUCGAUCCUUGCGAGUCGAAGACCUGCGAAAAAGACGAGGAAUGCGUCAUCGUGAAGGAGGAGCCAUGCACCGGGUCCGUCUGCGCGGUUUCGGCCUCGUGCAGCAAGAAAUCCGAUCCCGGUCUCGUGUGCUCGUCGGGAGAGGCUCAGCUCAAGGACAACGCGACGGUCAGCUGCGCGAACGCUGAGCUCUGCGACGAGGGCUUCGACUGCGAAAUUCUGCCCGGAGAGUCGAUGGGUGUCUGCUGCCGAAGAUCGCAGCUCGCUCCGAAAGACGCCGAGCGCGAAGAAGAAAUGCCCAAGGAUAAAGUCUCGACCAUGUGUGAAUACCUUCGCGAGUUGGGCUCGCGAGGAGAGAAGCUCGCCGUUCCCACGCCGAACUGUACCGAGGACGGAAAAUAUUCUCCAGUGCAGUGCGACGCUCAAGGGUGUUUCUGCGUCGACGAUUUCGGUGUUGAAAUCCAGAACUCCCGCAAGGAGAACCAGACGGCCAACGAGGUCGAGUGCCGCCAGAUGCGCUCGGCCAAGCCCUGCUACAACCUCCUGUGUCGACUCGGAUGCGAGUUCGGUUUCGAGUACGACGAAGAAGGAUGCCCGAUCUGUGCCUGUCGAAAUCCGUGCAAAGCUGCCAGCUGCGGCGAAAACGAAGUUUGUCAGUUGGCAGAACCUUCGACCGCGUGCAGCAACUGGUGGUGUCCACCGGUGCCGAAGUGUAUCAGCAAGAAGGCCGCCCAGAGGAGCAUGAUGAUGUUCUGUCCGGGAAGCUAUUCGGGACCUUUCAUGAACGCUGAAACGAAUGAGGUCGUUCAGUGCUCUGCCGACAGUCGCGAGGACUCCUGUCCUUCGGGCUAUUCCUGUAUUCCAGUCGGCGACGAUGAAGAAUACGGACGGUGCUGUCCGGCUCGGGAGAACCGCGAAAACGACGACCAGUGGUCAGAGACCCGGGAGCAAUCCGACGUCAAAUCGGGCCAGUGUCCCUACCUCAUUCCGUUCGACACACCAAUGGGCGCCAUAUCAUGCGAGAUCCAAUGCGCUGACGACAAACGUUGUUCCGGUGAUUCCAAAUGCUGUUCGAACGGCUGCGGAACUCAGUGUAUGCCACCUGUGCAGAUGACUGGCUGCGAGCACACGCGCACGCUUCGCGAGCACCAGACACACGCCGGAGAGACGCGCUCCCAGAACCCACCGAUACCGUCGUGCGAUCCCAUGGGACGAGGUUUCGAAGAUGUCCAGUGCCACGGAGAGUCGUGCUGGUGCGCCGAUGAUGCAGGAAUCGAAAUCCCCGGAACCCGCGUCAACGGCGCUCCCACCCUGAACUGCACGGCAGUCCGCGAGCAGGGUCGCAACGUCAACACCACGUGCAAUGUGGAGUGCAAUGUCGACUGUGAGUUCGGCCAGAAGCUCGACGCGAAGGGCUGUCCUUACAUGUGCGAGUGCGUCGACCCUUGCGCGGAGCUGAAUUGUGCGAUGAACGAGGAAUGUCGCCUCGUUCCGCUUUCGUGCGUCGGCAAAGGACCCUGUCCCAGACAGGCGAUGUGCCGACCGAAGAUCGAGAACGUCUGCCUCGUGGGUGAGCCCCUCCUGCUCAACGAGACGCUCAUUACGUGCGGACCCGGCGAGAACGUCUGUCCCACGAGCCACAAAUGCCAGCUCGACAUCUUUGGCGAAUUCGCUCACUGUUGCCCGAAGCCGCGAGAGGUUUGUUUCGGCCCACCCCCGAUGUGCGCCCGUGUGAACCACGAAGUGGAAAUCGAGGAGCGCUGGUUCUACGAUGAAAUGACAAGACAGUGUCAACCGUUCCCCUUCAACAAAGAUCAUUGUCAAGGCGCCUUGAAUCUCUUCUCGAGCCAAUCCGAGUGCGAGGGUAUCUGUCCAACGAGAACCGAAUGUGAAGCCAUGCGAGAAAUCAAGAGCAACGAACAGUCGGCUUCGGCAGAGACCGCCACCGCCAAGCCCGUCUACGUUCCGAACUGCGACUACCGUCUGGGCACCUGGGACCCCGUCCAAUGCAUGCCCGAGCUCGGGCUCUGCUGGUGUGUCGACCAGCAAGGCAAUCAAAUAUCGGGGAGCAUGGUCCGAGGAACUCCGAACUGUUCCGAGCUACGAUCCGAAGGCGAUAAGAUCCCGCCGCCGGCGAUCUGUCCGAACGGGGAGCCCGUGCACAUCUGCGAUUAUCGCGAGGUCUGCAGCCGCAACUGCGCUGCCCAGAACAACGCCACCUGCAGAGUCGAUCCGUGCGGAGGUUGCAAGGCCGUAUUCUACGACGAAUCCAACAACGUCGUCGAUUGCAAGAAGGGAUUGACCGCCUGUCAGGAAGAAUCGCAAAUGGUCCGGAACUCUCGCGCGUGGAACAAUCAGUUCUUCCACACCAUCAGCAGCCUCAUCCAGAGGGUCUACCCUGACAACUUGCCCGGAUUCCCGGGAGGCAACGAGAGGAGCAACCGAGCCAAGAGAGAAGCACCUUCGGACGAAAUUAGCGAUUACGACGAUCCGGCUGCGCGCGCAAUGAGCGCCUACCACCAGAACCGCCGACGACAGUCCCAAGAACCGAUCGCUGAGCUAUCCGCGCCCCCCAAGGUCGUCGUCCCUCUCCGGGCCCCGAUAAUCAUGAUCGUCCACCGAAGGAUCCACCAAACGCCCAACCCGCUGGAGAUCAUGCAGACGCUCUCGUCUGCAAUGCCCCGCAUGCGCAUGAUGGUUCAAGUCGCCGACGAACCCAAGGAGGAAGAAAUCGUCUCCCAGGAGAGCGUCAACCCCAUCGACCCGGCCCUGUUCAUGAGCCACGUGACCGCCAUGAUGGAACGAAUGAUGGGCGGACAGCAAGUCCCGCAGCUCGCCCCGCAGCUCCCGGAGCCGAUGAUGCCUCAACCUCAGGCUUCGGAACGCUUCGUCGUCGGCCCCAACUUCGCUGAAGUCAGGAUGACCAUGAAGUCCGACGGACCCGUGCCACUCGCCGCCAUGCGUCAAGUGGAACAAGGUUCCCUGAACCACCUGCUCAACUAUCUAUUCGGACACCCCGCGGACGCGCGAGAAUCGCGUAUCGUGGAGAAGACCGUCACGGUAUCUCAAGACGAUUGUCCCCCCGCCGGUAUCGCAGACGCCAUCAGUGCCAUGAUCGGUGGAUGUCGCAACGAGUGCUCCGACCACUCCGAUUGCUCCGGCAACGAGAAAUGCUGCCGGUACGGCUGCUCGUCUUCCUGCACGGCCCCGGUCGCGCGGGAGGCUCCCAGCGACAAGACCAAACCAGGACACUGUCCCUUCCCGACUCUUAACCCGCAAUGUCUGCUGUCCGAACAGACGGAUCAGUGCAUGCACGAUUCCCACUGUCCCGGCGCGGCCAAGUGCUGUCCAGGUUUCUGCGGCUCGGUGUGCCGGGCUCCGGUCGAAGAGAACGCCGAGGAAUCGAUGCCGUUGUCGAUGUACGUCGCCCCGCCGGUCUGCUCGGCGGACGGAGGCUACGCGGUCAGUCAAUCGCAAGGACCGUUGUCCUGGUGCGUUGAUCGAUACGGAGUUCCGAUCGAUUCGACUCUCACCAAGGGAUCCGUGGCGUGUGACGUCAACGGGAACAUUACCAAGAGGGAAGCCGUCGGUGACGUCUGUCCGAAAGGAGUCGAGGCCCGGGUUUGUCGGGACGAAUGCGUUUCAGCUGUUUGCCACAGCCAUCCUUUCGCAAUGUGCGUGGCCGACCCAUGCAACAACUGCGAAAUUCAUUUCGUCGACGCUCUCGGUGAUAAGGUGGACUGCAGCCCUGUCUGCGAGCAGGACUCUCACCAGUCGUCGGCCUGCGAGGAGAACUCGGGCAUCCGGUCUCGAAAACGAUACACUUUCAACCAGACAUCCCAGAGGUGCGAAGAGUUCCAGUACGACUGCAACGGCAACGACAACAAUUUCGAAAGCGCCGACGAAUGCGAGAAAACAUGCAAGAAGCCCAAAUCCGUCUGCGAUCUGCCCAGAGAACCGGGUCUCUGCAAAGCCAAGUUCCCGGCUUGGUACUACAAUGCGAUGACCCAUCAAUGCGAAGAAUUCUCGUACGGAGGCUGCGGCGGAAACGCCAACAACUUCGAAUCGAAGGAAGCGUGCGAUCAAACCUGUCCAGACAUGGUCCUCUGUCCAUACGACACGAUCACGAAAGAAGGCCUCACCCGAGAACCUUGCGAUCGUAUCGCGGCUUGUGCUGCUAGCGCUUGUCCUGGAAGCCCCAACGCGGUCUGUCGGGUGGAUCCGUGCGAGUGCCGUGCCACCUGGAUCGAUCCCGAGCUGGACGAGCCAGCCAGAUGCGAGAAGGAAUUCGACCUGGUCGCCAAGGCCAACGAGGUCGAGCCGAAAUGCAGCAGCCUUCAGAAGAAGAACGCUCUCAUCGGAAACAUCUACGUGCCCGAAUGCGCUUCCGACGGAUCGUUCCAUCCGCUGCAAUGCAUUUCCCUGCCUUCGAAGAAGGAAUGUUGGUGCGUCGACUCGGCCGGUCAUCAGAUCGGGGAGCCGUUCACAGACAAGUCGAAGACUUGCGGUCCGAUCAAGAUAUCUCGCGUCGAUGUCGACAUGGCCUUCAAGAACCCGAAAUUCGAGAGCGCGGACAAGAUGUACCUCUCAAUGAAACUCGAGAGAUUCUUGCGCUCAACCGACGCCAAAGCAGACGAUUUGCGUGUCCUGUCGCCGGAGAAGAAGGACGAUAUGGUUCGCGCGAAGUUCUCGCUGACCAACGAUAAUUGUGCGGCGUUGGCCUACAAAAUCGAACAGCUGGUCAUGGCGAAAUCCUUCAAAAUCGGCGACAACGUUGCCGAUUUCAGCAAUUCGAACUUCACCUACGUCGUGGAGGAGAAGAGCGACUCGAAGAACGCACAGGGCGUCGGCAAGGUGGAGGUCAUCUACAGUGCGGACAAGAACGAAGUUCUCGCAAUCAAGCGACUCCUGGAACCCCGUGCCGUCGACGCUCGAACUACAACGCUGGCCGCGGCCGUCCUCGCGGUGACAGUCGUCGUUUGCAUCCUGCUCCUGAUGACCAUUCUGAUGCAUCGGAAGCAAGCUGCGCUGAAGAAGAUGGCUGUUGUCGGCGCCGGUGACGCUCCUGGCACCAUGGCUUUCCAGAAUCCCGUCUACGUUCUGUGGACAAACCGCGUCAUGAGCGCUGUCUGCAGACGUUCUCCCGCUCCUUCACCUCCCAAGUCACCCGACGACCUCGCCCGAAUGGAAGCUCAGAACGAGAACGGUAUCGAAGAUAUUGAUGACGUUGAUGAUGAGUUCAACAAUCCGAAUUACGACGACGUUAUCGAUGAGCACAGUGUUAAAUGCCCAAAAAUGUAAUCACCGUCAUUGAAGACCAAAGCGAAAUUCGACUGAGGAAUGCGGCCGGGGACGAUUCACCUGUCGACCUAUGGACUAGCGGAAACCCACCAUCACCAACUACCCGAUCGACCGACCGAUGGCGCUACAGAUCAUUCUGAGAGUGCAAUUUCCGAAUUCACCAU